AUGGAAAAUAUAUGGCUAGUUCAUUGUAUUAUAGAGGGAAACAUUGAUGUUCGAAGUGUAAAUGUUUAAAUUAUUCUAGAUAUAUAUAAUGGGCAAUCCUGGUAUUUAUAAAGGAAUCUUAUUAAAAGAAUAUUUAGAUAAGAAGUUCGAAAAGAAUAUGUUACAUUAUUAUAAAUUGAUCAAAAAUAAACAAACCUUUUCUGUUGCAAUUAUAAGGUUGUUGAGGAGGAAAAACGAUGAAUUAAUCGGUAAAAGAAUACAUCGAGCUGAAAAAAAAAUAGAUUAAACCUAAUACUAUAAACUAUAAUUGAAAAACUGCUUUACAGAUAAGAAUUGGAAAGGUUUUUAAGAUCUUAUAUAAACAAUGUAUAUGGAAGAUAAUCUAGAACAAUUGACUUCUUUAGAUAUAAGUAAUAAUUUCUUAGGUACUCAAAAUGCAUUUAAUAAUAUGUGUACCUCAAUAUCUUCUGCUAAAGGUUUACUAGUUCUAAAAAUGGCUAAUUAACCAUUAAUUCAUAAUUCGUAUACAAUUGAAUUAUUGAUGGGAAAUAGAUAUGAUAGUUUGAAGCUCAGAGAAUUCGAUAUUUCUGAUAACAAAGAAAUGUUAGAGAAAACUUUCAAAGCACUUUCAGAUAACAUUUUCAAAUCCUGCAAGAUAAUUACGUUUACAAAUAGUCUGCCUUAACAAUUAUCAACAUUAUUUAAAAUGUUCGUUUUGACUGAAGCAUUUGCUGACAAAACUAAAGAAACUAAAUAACUUUAUAGAGAAAGUAAUUUAAUUAAUUCAUUGAAAUAGAAAAACUAUUCAGAAAACAUUAUUUAUAAGUCUUAGAUUUGAGUAGUGUUGAGAAUUAUAAUCGCCAUGAUUUAGUUGAGAAGUUGCUAAUCAAUACAGUAUUCACAGAGUUUACGAAUAUUAGAACAUUACGUAUUUUAUUAUUUAUUAUAUCAGAUGUUCAAAACUUUGAUGUUGGAAGAUGCCAAGCAUAUAUUAAAGCCAAAAAGAAAUUUGUAACUUACAUGGAAAAGAAGAAAUUAGAUGAUCCAUACUUUAAAAAUUAUAAGCUUCCUUUAAAACAUAUAGUCUAUCCCAAGUAAACUUAUAGAAUGGAAAUUUAAACAAAAAAAGAAUUCUUUUUAGAAUAUCUUUUUACAGAAAUCGGUAGCAUUAUUGAAAUUGAAUCAAUCGAAAUUUAAGCAAGUACAUUCAAGUAAUCAAACAGAGCAGAAGGAUUGUAAGAGGCAUGUGCUUUUGUUAUUGAAAAUACAAAUACAAAUCCAAAAACUAGAUAUUCAAUUAAAAAAAUUUCCAUGGAUGAUGGUGAUUAUCAAAUGGAUUUUAAUACUAUCAAAUGUUUUUUAUGUUUACCGUCAGUUUAAUUAGUGGAAUUCACUUAUUUCAAUGAUUGUAUGAUAUUUGAAUGGAGUAGUUGGCAUCAAGAAAUGAUUUAUUAUUGUUCUAAACUAAAUGCUAAUUAAUUUCAUAGUUUGAAAAUUCUUAAAUUUUAUAACCUGUAAGAUAUAACUAUAGAGAUAAAUUAAUUUAUUUAAUUGUUUAUAUUUAAUCCAAAAAUAUAACUAAAAGAACUUUAAUUGAUUUAAAUAAUCACAAGAAAUGAAAGUGAAAACUAUGAAUCCUUAAAAAGGGCAGUUGAAUAAAGUGAAAAAGUCACUCUUGAAACAUUAUUAUUGGGAGAAUUAUAUGAUGGUAAAGGAGAAGACAUGAUAUUUGAAUAAGUGGUCUUCAAUAAUAAAGUUAACCUUAAAAAUUUAUCAGUAAAAAAUCUUUAGAUCUAAUAAUUUAUAAAUAAAUUUGAAAAAUUAGUUUAAGAGAAUCAGAAUGAGAAUCCACUUUAAUAUUUAACUACUCUAGAGAUUGAUAAUAUAAAUAUAUAAACAUAGGAAGAUUGGAAAAAAGUUAUUCAAAUUUUUGUGAUAAAUUAAAGAUUGACACUUUAAAAUUUAAAAAUAAAAAAUAAAGUAUUAAAUUAAUAAUUCUCUGAUGCGCUUAAUCAAUUACUAUAUCCUUUUGAGUAAGAACUAUUAAACAUAAUAAAAUAAAAAAAACUAUCUUCAGGAAUUGUAAGAGACUUAAAUGAAUAAAAUAUGCUUUCCUCAAUAUAAAAUGAAAGAAUAGAAUUACCAUUUGCUUUAAAUUAACUAAGCUUUGAAAAUUGUACAAUCUAAGACGAUGUUUUAAGUGGAUUUUUAGUGAUAUGUGAAUUAAAAGAUCUCUCAAUUAUCAAUUGUAAGGAAUUUUAAGUUGGAAUCAAAAGAAGUAUGGAAUUAAUCAAGCGUUUAUAAUUGGAUGAAUAUUAUUCAUACAAAAUAAAGUCGUUUUCAUGUGAAAAUACUGUUAUUUAAGAUGUUGAAACCUUUUAAUCUUUAAUUAAAGAUAUUGUCUUAAACUCAAAUAGAUAAUUAUUAGAAAUUCUCAAUUUAGAUAAUUGUUCUUUGAAUGAUGAUAUGAUGCUAGUAUUAUCUAAAUAGCUUAUGGCAAUUAAAGAAGAACAGAAAAAAUAUAAUCGAGUCUUUCUACUUAGAGAUCUAAAUUUAAGUAAUAAUAAUUAAAUGUCAGUAAAUUCAUGGCAAUAACUUUGGGAUGUAUUAUUGAAUGAAAGUAAGUUAGAAAAAAAGGUAGAUGUACCUUAAGAAUAAUCUAUAAUAAUAGCUAAUCCAUCAGUAUUACUUAGAACUUUUGAAAAAGAGAAAGAUACGAUUAUUAAUGAGACCUAAAAGCUUAUUGAAUCAUCAUUGUUAUGUUUAAAAUAAAAAACACUUUAUAAUUAUCAGAAAUUCACUCCUUAAUUUCCUAAAUAAAUAACAAGUUUAAUUAUUAAAAUGGAAUUCAAAAACCUUAAUGAUAAUGAGUUAAAAUUUUAAUAUUAUAGACUGAUAGUUGGUUAUAUCUGAAAGUUAGUUAAAAAAUUUGGAAUUAGAAUCCUUGAAUAUGAUUGCUUUUAUUAAGGCCUGUUUGGAAGCUUAUGAAUAUUCUAAAUUCUACUUAGAAUCAGCAUUAAAAUAAUCUAAACAAGAUCACAAAAGUUAAAUAAAAUCAAUUAAGAUCAAAUCCCUAACGGCUAAUGAUGAGGAAAGCACUGAAAAAUUUAUUUAAAUAUUUCUUUGUUCUAAACAUAUAGAAUUAAAUGUGUUAAAUAUUUUUGGAUGUACUUAACCGAUUUUACAUCUAAUUUUAAAGAAUAUUGAUAGAAAAGAGGAUUACAAAUUAGAGGAAUUAUCUCUUCCACAUCUAGAAGAGACCCUAGAUUUAGAGGAUACAAUAAAUUAUUGUUAAUGGAUAGUGUUUGGAGAGAAAAUGCCAAUUAAAAAACUUACCUGUUGUCCAAAUUUAUCUGAAAUAAAUUAAGAGAAAUUUGAUCAAUUCUCGUUAUCAAAAAUCAAAGUAGAAUCUAUUAGUUUGAAAUAAAAAUAAGAUAACUCAAGUAGUGUUAUAUAAUAUAGUAUGAUUCUAUUUAAAUUAUUUUUAAAUGGAUUGCAAGAAAUAACAAUAGAUAAAACAGAUGCUACUUCAAUUAUUGUAAAUACUUUUAAUAAAAUCAAUGAUUUUGAUAAUUUGAUGUUAAAGAAAUUAACAUUUAAAGGGGAUCUUAAGAUUAAUAAAAACUUAUUUGAAAAACUGUCGAAAUUAUUUGAGAAGUUAGAACUUUUCUAAGUUUAAAAAUUAUUAUUAGAAAAUGAAUUUGAAAUUUAUGAUAUUUGCUCAUUAAUGGAUAUAAAUUAAUCUAAAAAUCUUAAAAUCAUUAUCAAAUAAGUAACAUGCAAUAACCCAAAUGAAUUUUACAAGAAAUUCCUAUUCAACCCAAAUGUUGGUAUAACAGAAGUGAUCUUAAAAGAUCCCUCAUUAUUGGAAAAUAAAUUUGAUAUAUAUGACUUAGGGUAAAAAAUAAGAUACUUGAAUUUACAAAUGGGUCUAUUGUACAAUUCACACAAUUAAUUAAAUGUUAAUGCUUUAUAAAUUAUCAGUAAAAUGCUUAUUUAUAAUGAAUCAAGUAAUUUAGAAGAAUUAGUAUUGCAUUAAUGUCAUUUCAAAAUAGAAGGAAUACAAGCUCUAUGUAAAUAUUCCAGCACCUUAAGAGAGAAGAUUAAAAAUGAAGGAAGAGAUUAAACAGCUUAAUUAAAAUUAAAAAAGGCUACACUUUAUUAUUCACUUUAUAUUGGAGAUGAUGGUGUUUAAAUAUAUUGUAAUGAUCUAUUAUAUUUCGAAUACAUUAGUAUUGAGAGAUUUGAAGUUUAAGUAACAAAUUGGAAUGAUGUAAUGACUAAUAGUUUAUGUUUAGCAGCUCAAAAUUGGUUGUAAUACUAAAAAUAGCAUUAAAGAUAAUAUAGAACAAAAUACCCAAUAAAAUAUUUAGAUAUAGGAAGAAAUGAAUUUGUUGAAGAACAAGAAACGUGGUCUAAUUUUUUAAAGACAUUUGUGUUUACUGAUAACACUCCUGAUUUAGAAACAUUGAACAUACAUUUUAUGGGCUUAAAUGAUUUAAAAAAAAGAUAUAUAAUAGAAGAGUCUCUUUAAUUCUUUUCAAAAAAACCUUCAAAUUAUAAAUUUAAUGUUAAAAAGAUUAAUUUUUCUCAGAAUAAUUCAUUAACUCAUUUAGGAUGGUAAAAUUUAUUUAAAAACUUAAUUAAACAUGAUUAGUACUAUGUUAGAUAGUCAAAUUAAAUUAGAUUACAUAGCUUAAGUAAUAAAAGAUAGAGCACUUGCUUCCCCUAACAAAAAGGUACCACUACAUACUUUCUUAUGUUACAAUGUUAGUCUUAAGGAUUAUGUUUCUGGCUUUUUAUCUGAAUAACCUCCAAAUUACUAAGUUCCUUAUGAUAUACUGUGGAGAUAGAAUAUGAUGAUAGUCUAAAUUUUGGAUAUUUUGAUGGAGUCCCAGAAUCUUCUGGUGAAUUUUAUAAAUGUUUUAAAGGAUUCUCAAUUUGAGGUAGAAUAUUGUUUAUCGCAAAGAAUGGAAACUCACAAGAUCAAAAUUUUCACCUUAUCAUUUAAAUAUGUGUGA